AUGGAAAUAAGACGAGAUAUGGAUUUGGGUCCCUGCGCUUUGGUGGCCUUCAACCGCCGCGAGGGUGGCCUUCGGCUGAUAGGCAGGGUGGAAGCAACACAAGACGAAUUUUGUGUCAUCACCAGCCUCGACUUCUGGCGGCGCUGCGCUGUCGAGCGCUGUGUGGCCAAGUCUCAAGUCACAAGAGUUCUGGAUCAGGGCCUGCAAAGGGCUCGCUCCAUUCCAGACCUCAAGAACUUGCUGAAGAGUUCGGCCAGAGGCAGCGAGGGAAAGAGUUGCUGCUGGCUGCCCAGUCUGCUCGCCCCCUUUCUGAUUUGCAAAGAGCUUCCUGGCAGUUACACCAUAAGUUUGCCAUUCCGAUAA